AAUAUGCCGCCAAAGCCACUGAACAAUUCUCUCUUUUUUUAUUUUAUUUUAUUUUAGUUUAUUUCUUUUUUUUUUUAUCCCCUCUCUUUCCCUCACUCUUAUAAAUUGAUCAACAAAUGGGUAUUCACGGCUUGACUAAACUUAUUUCAGAACAUUCACCUAAUGCCAUUAAAAGUUAUGAGAUCAAAAACUUUUUUGGACGUAAAGUAGCGAUUGACGCAUCGAUGAGUAUUUAUCAAUUUAUGAUUGCUGUUCGUCAAUCAGACGGUCAAGUGCUUCAGAAUGAAGAAGGUGAAACAACAAGUCAUUUAAUGGGCAUGUUUUAUCGUACUGUUCGUAUGGUCGAUAAUGGUAUCAAACCUGUUUAUGUCUUUGACGGCAAACCACCUACAUUAAAGUCAGGCGAGUUAGCAAAAAGAAAGGCACGUAAAGAAGAAGCACAAGCUAAAUUAGAUGAAGCUACUGAUUUGGGCAAUAUAGAAAACAUCAAUCGAUAUUCUCGACGUACUGUCAAAGUAACACAGACCCAUAAUGAUGAAUGUAAGGAGUUAUUAAGAGCUAUGGGUAUACCUUAUGUUGAAGCCCCUUGUGAAGCUGAAGCACAAUGCGCAGAAUUAGCAAGAUGCGGUAAAGUAUACGCAGCUGCAUCAGAAGAUAUGGAUACCUUAACCUUCUCUUCACCCAUCCUACUUCGACAUUUAACCUUUUCGGAAGCAAGAAAGAUGCCUAUUGAUGAAGUUAAUUUACAAAAGGCUUUAGAAGGGUUAGAGUUAACAAUGGAACAAUUUGUCGAUCUUUGUAUUUUACUGGGAUGUGAUUAUACAGAAACGAUUAAAGGCGUUGGACCUAAAAAUGCAUAUAAUUUAAUUAAAGAACAUAAAACAAUAGAAGAAGCUAUCAAACAUCUUACUCCAAGGUUAAAAGAAAAUAUUCCUACUGAUUGGAAUUAUGCAGAGGCACGUAAAUUAUUUAUUCAUCCUGAAGUCACUCCUGGAGAUCAGAUUAAUCUUACCUGGAAAGAACCUGAUGUAGAAAAAGUAGUUGAAUUUAUGGUGAAGAAAAAGGGUUUUGCUGAGGACCGUAUUCGAAAAGGUUGCGAGAAAUUAGCAAAGAAUUUGAAACAAGCAACACAAUCUAGAGUUCAGGAUUUCUUUAAGGUGUUACCAUCAACACCCAAAAAGCGAAAUGCGAAGGAAGAGCCUAAGAAGUCAACUGCAGCAAAAAAAAGUAGAACUAAGAAAUAAAUAGAUAAAUAAAAAUCAUUAUUUGUAUACACUUUUAUUUCUUUUAAUAAAUGACUGUUUAUUGUUCAAGAGAAAAAACGAGAGCAAUAGUGCUAAAAAUAAAUAAAUCAAACAUAAAGAGAUAUAUUCCUGUUAUUUUACAUAGGAAACAGCAGAGUUAUGAUGGUAAAUAAUACAUGGUACAUUUUAUUCAUACCAAGACCUUACAAUUAUUGUCAUGGUGAAGACUAAACUGUUAGUAAUAAAGGUACUAGGAAGAUGAGAUCUUACCUAAUCUUCGUAGUUUGUAUUACAUUAUGGCCAACGCUUUGGAAAAAAAAAAAACUAUACUUUAAAUAACAAACCUUAAC